CAAAGCUAAGGUCAAUACCGUCCUAUUGGAUUCCCUUUCAAUUAACUUCUUUCAGCCCCGUAAAACGCCCGCCCAAACGAGCAAUCUCAAAUCUGGGAACUACGAAGGGCCUCAGCUCUCAAAUCGCGAUGGGAGAUUUAGAUAAAAUGGCUGCAUUGAAGGCGGCGUAUGCAGAGGUAAUACUGAACACGGCAAAGGAAGCAGCGGCGAGAGUGAUAAUUUCGGAGAAAAGAGCGGCGUUGUUUCAGCAGCAACUGGAUUGUUCCAACAAGGAGUCGCUUCGUUUGCUUCUUCGGUUGAAACACAUGAUCGACGACAAGACAAUUGAAGCAGAGACAACAUCCUUGAACCAAAAGAGAAAGAUUGAUGAGCUAGAAGCGCAGCUGCAUGAAGCAGAGGAUAUUAUAACAGAUCUCAGAGUGGAAUUAAAUUGUCUACGGGAUAAGCUUAAAAUAGCAAAGAAAACUCAAGAGAAGCCUUUAAGUGGAGAAAUCAUUAGUGGGGAUGCAACAGCUUCUUUAAAAUAUCCAAUAACUAAGCCCACUGUACAAUCUCCGUUGAAUUCAGGAUAUGUGACUGUUGCAGAAUCUGACAUGAGGGACAAUGUAUUCAAUCAUGGAUAUCUUCAUAGAUGCUGCAAUGCUACAAAGCAAACUGGUCAACCUAAUGUGUCUCAUGUUGAGAGUUAUUAUCAUCAUAGCUCUGACUUGACCACCAUAGCUAUGGCAAGCAAGAAGCAAGUGCUGUAUACACAGAAAACUUGUGCUCCUCAAAGAAACUUGGAGAUGAAACAUACAAUCAAUGGAAAUGUUAAACCAUAUGAAGAUUCUCACACUGUAUCCUCCAUCAGGGUUGGUAAUGUUGAUCGAACAGAAAGCUAUACAAAAUCAGAAGAAUUCCAGCAUAAAAGCAGCAGUCAUGAAGAUGUUAUGACCGUCUAUAAUGGAAAAGUGAACAUAUACAAUCAGCUCACUGAGCCUUAUCAGUCUUCAUCAGUUCCUAGCUCUUCUGCAGUCUGCUUUAAUGUAGAUUCAAAUGAAAGUGACUUGAAAACAGGUGAAACCGAGAUCAAGAUGAAGCCGUUGACCCGUUUGGGUCCUGGAUCAACACUUAUUAAAUGUAAAGUGGAUCCUGCAUCAAACGCAACUGAUGAGUCUUCGGCUAUGGUGGAUAGAACCAACGACAGCAUCCACAUCAGGAAGCGCAAGAAGGAAUCCCUUGGGAACACAGAUGAAAAGACUUGUAAAGGGAGAAGUUUAAAAAGGAGGUCUGGGGCUGGGGCUGGGGCUGGGGAGAAAGAGAACAGUUUACAAGAAAUUACCAAGUCUAAAUUGGUUAAUGAAUGUUCUAAGGAGAGUCGACGACUGGCUCAGGUUGCUCACCAGCUCAUUUCUUUAUCGGGCAAAAGAUGGUAAUUGGUGGAUUAGUUUAACAUUAAUCUAACCAAACAAAGGAAUGUUUGAAACGGUAGGUGUUUCUUGAGGAAUUCCUUUUCAAUGAAAGGUGAGUAAAUGCUUGAUAUAUUAUAUUCCAUAGUUUGUCUAUUUGGCCAAAACUUUUAUUCAUACUUGAUUUGUUUCUUUAGAUUUCUCAAAUACUAUUUGAAAUCUGAAUUUUUGUUUUGAGUUUGUUGUGUAGUCAAUUAAAUUAGAUAAAAUAGGACCCCAAAUAUGUGA